UCGCAAAGCUUCUUGCCGUGGGAACCGUUCUUUUCCCGGUUUGGGACGCAUCUUUUACCUUGCUUGAGGGUCAGGGUGCGUGGAAUCGGUGGAUGGAAGAUGUCACUACUCUAUGCGUUUCCUGGUUCUUGUCUGUUCUUCUGGGAUUGGUUUCCCGUGGUUGCGAUUUUGUGAAGUUUGGAAUUGCAGAGAAUCUCGAGAUUGUAGGGAAGUUGUAA